AUUCGCCGAGCAGUGCAGUUCAAUUUGUUUCUAGAAACUCUCUAAUCGAAUUAGUAUCUCCCGCUUUUGCAUGACAGCAAAAAUGCUCCGGUUAUUGUUGAUGACCUUGGCGGUGGUUGCUGUCACAGACGGGUCCUUCAUUAAUCCGUACUCUAAAUUUAUGAAAAGCAAAACCCUGCGUAGCGUCCCGAACAAUAGAGGUGAAAAUGGUGAGCCGUUAAUUUUGACGCCCUACCUCGAAGCUGGGAAAAUAAAGGACGCCCAAACGGCAGCCCGUGUCAAGCAUAGCCGCAUUGUGGGAUUCGAGAGUUACAGUGGAUUUUUCACCGUGGACAAACGUUACAAUUCCAAUAUGUUCUUCUGGUAUUUCCCGGCUAAGAAUGCUGCCCCCAACACCCCGGUCUUACUUUGGCUGCAAGGCGGUCCCGGAGCCUCAUCUUUGUUCGGUUUGUUCGAAGAAAACGGACCGUUCUUCAUUUCGAAAAACCUCAAAGCCGUCCCCAGAGAGUUUGCCUGGAAUGUGAAUCAUCAUUUGAUCUACAUCGAUAACCCAGUUGGCACCGGAUUCAGUUUCACCGAUAGUGAGGAUGGAUAUGUGCGAAAUGAAACACAGGUUGGAGAGAACCUGUACCAAGCGUUGGUUCAAUUUUUCCAAAUGUUUCCGUAUCUUCAGAAAAAUCCAUUCUACGCCAGCGGUGAGUCAUAUGCUGGCAAAUAUGUUCCGGCUAUCGGAUACACCAUUCAUCAGAAGAAUCCAACCGCUAAGCUGAAAAUUAACCUCCAGGGGCUAGCCAUUGGGAAUGGGUACAGCGAUCCGAUGAACCAAAUUAAUUACGGCGAUUACCUCUACCAGCUGGGUCUGAUAGAUUCGAACGCCAAAGAUCGUUUCGACCAGCAAGAGGCGGCUGCUGUUGAUUGUGUCCAGAACAACGACUAUUAGUGUGCCUUCAAGAUUAUGGAUGAUCUCAUGGACGGCGAUGCGACGGGAUCGUCCUAUUUCAAGAACGUUUCCGGUUUCGACACCUACUAUAACUACCUGCGAACCUCGGAAGACCCGAAAGACGAACUCUUCCUGUUAGGAUUCCUUAAACUCCCGGAAACUCGCAAGGCCAUCCACGUCGGUGACCAACCUUUCCACGAUUUGGACAGCGAGAACAAGGUCGAGAAAUAUCUCGAACAUGACAUCCUAGAUUCGGUUGCCCCAUGGAUAGUGGAACUACUAGCCCAUUAUAGGAUGUUGAUCUACAACGGGCAGCUGGACAUCAUUUGCGCCUAUCCGAUGAUGAUCAACUAUCUACAGAAGCUACCGUUCGACGGUGCCGAUGUGUACAAAACGGCCAAGCGGUACAUUUUCCGCGUUGACAACGAGGUAGCUGGGUACUACAAGGUAGCCAACAAUCUACGCGAAGUACUGAUCCGCGAUGCGGGGCACAUGGUGCCACGGGAUCAGCCCAAGUGGGCCUUCAACAUGAUCAAUUCGUUCACAGCUAACAACUUUGAUUGGGAUUAGGAAUCGUUUUUUUCUAAUGUUACAUACAGUGCUAAAUUAUUCAGUUUUAAGUGAUAUUAUUUUGAUCCAUCAUUGUGUAUCUACCAAUAUGGGAAAAAUGGAUAAAAAAUUAUUGACAAAUAAAAUUUUCAAUAUAAAAAG